AUGCCCACAAUGAAGCGAUUAUUCUAUUACGUUUUCGUUCUUACGAUAGCGGCAAGAGUGUCGUCGUUUGUGCCUCCACAAACCAAAGAUGGCAGAUUUGAUCUAUGCCUCUCAUCACAAAAUGACGACCAUUCCAUGAAUGAAUUCUCCAGAACUUUGAAUAUUGAGAAGAUAUUGAAAACAGCAGGUGGGAACAGAAGACGAACACGGGAUUUCAAAACCGUAAUAUCGGCUACGGAGAAAGAGUGUCAUGCGUUGAAAUUGAGAUUUGAAUUGAAAACACUUCACUCGUUGGAAGCCGACUUAAGCAUCAGCUCUUACAAUGUCGGAGGUGAUUCAAGAAGCAAUGGGCUUGUCACUGUUUACAUAGAAGGAACUAUCAGCGCGAGUCUCACCCGAAUUUGUGUCAGAACAAACAAGGAGUUCGUGGAAUCUUUUGAGUGUAAAGUUGACUCUCUCGUCAAACCAACAUCAAAUGCCUCCUUUCGCAUGGAAGACGAUGAUGCCUCUUCUUAUUCAGAAUCCAAGAAGAAGCAAAACCUGAAGAGUGCUCAAAUAAACAACCUAGACGAUUUGGUUGAGCUGCAGGGUAUUUUAGAUGCCUCGGAAAAUGCUAGAGAGGAUAUUCUGGAAGAUGAGCACAUAUAUUCGCUUUCGACAGGAUUACUUGACGUAGGAGAGCUGGUGGCUCAGAAUUUUUGGCUUGCGCUUGACCCUUACCCCAAGUUGCCUGGCUCCGACCCCGUAGAGGCAUCGAUUUCUGGCUAG